AUGACCGGACACCACUGCUGGGGAUACGGACAGGAUGAUGGGCCUUCUGAGUGGUACAAAUCAUAUCCCAUUGCCCAGGGACAUCGUCAGUCACCUGUUGAUAUAGUCUCCAUGCAAGCAGUUUAUGAUCCUAGUCUGAAGCCUCUUAUUAUCUCAUAUGAAUCGUGUACAUCUCUUGAAAUCUCCAACAAUGGCCACUCAGUCAUGGUGGACUUUGAAGAUGCUGAUGACAAGACAGUGAUCAAUGGGGGGCCCCUUGAAGGUCCCUAUAGGCUAAAGCAGUUUCAUUUUCAUUGGGGAAUGAAGCACAGUCAGGGAUCAGAGCACACAGUUGACAGCAAAUCUUUUCCUUCUGAGCUCCACUUGGUUCACUGGAAUGCCAGGAAAUAUGCAACAUUUGGAGAAGCAGCAGCAGCUCCAGAUGGCUUGGCGGUAGUUGGUAUUUUCUUGGAGACUGGAGAAGAACAUGCCAAUAUGAACAGACUAACUGAUGCCUUGUAUAUGGUAAAAUUUAAAGGGACAAAAGCUCAGUUCAGAACCUUCAACCCAAAAUGCCUCCUGCCCUCAAGUCUAAAUUACUGGACAUAUCCUGGUUCUCUAACAACACCUCCUCUAUAUGAGAGUGUAACGUGGAUAGUGCUGAAAGAGCCUGUCAGGAUUUCUGAGAAACAGCUGGAGAAAUUCCGAACUCUUCUCUUCACCAGCGAGGGAGAUGAAAGGAUACAGAUGGUGAAUAAUUUUCGCCCCCCUCAGCCUCUUAAGGGAAGAAUAAUUCGUGCUUCCUUCAAGGCCUAA